AUCGGGACGCGGCCAUGGCGGAGGGCGGGCACGGCGCAGAGCAUGAAGAGGAACAGCCUCAAUUUUCAGAUGAUCCUCAAUUAAAACAAGAUCCUGAAUCAAAAGAAGAAUCAGUGCCUUUGGAAGCGGAAAUUCCUGUGGAACAACUUUUUUCUGCCCCUACACCCCAAUAUCUGCCACCUGUACUUGGGGAAACUCCCCCUGGAGACCCCCCUGAUCCAAAAAAAUGUUCUCCUCGAGAAUUCUUGGAGUUUUACAUCUUCCCAGUGCUCCUGCCAGGACUGGCUGCACUUCUGCAUGAAGUAGAGAAGGAGAAGUGUUUGGAGGAAAAAAGAACCAAAUUUAUUCCCACUGAUUUCCUAACUGAGUGGUUAUACAACAAUAAUCCAAAGAGGAAAGAUGAGUCAUUCACAGAAUUGUUUUCCAUUCCUUUUGUUAAGGACUGGCUAAAGGACCAUCCUAGACCACCAGUUCCUCUAUCUCUGCUUCUAUCAAAAGAAGAAGCAAGCAUUCUAAUCCAGUCCUUCUGGAGAGGUUAUUGGGUUCGUUGUGACAGUGAAAUACAAGAGCUCCGUAAGUGGCAAAAGAAGCUGAGAGAGGAGAGGUACAUUCAUGAUGUGGUGAGAAAAUUCUGGGCUAAACAGGAAGCCAAAGUGGGAAGCAAAUCAGAAGAGCUGGACUAACGUACACAAAAUCCUUCAUCAUCUCAAUUUUAGUUUCCUCACUAAAAUUGCAAAGCACAGAGCUCAUGGACUUUGUGAUACUGAUUUAGAAACCCUUUUAGCAUUAAAGUUUUACAUGUGGGGUAUUGUAAAUCAAAGGCAGGUUAUGUAAGGACCCAGCAUGCCAAGACAAAACUCAGUCUUGGUCUAAGUGAGCACAAUUCUGUUAAAACAGAUGGAAUGGGGCACAUCUAGCCAAAAAUGUUGAAUCUGUAUUUAUCUUGUGUUCCUGAAUGCUCACUUAAACCCUUUUCUGACAGGAACAAAACUCUGGAUGAAAUUAAAUGAGGUUCUAUCCACAUGUAGGCAAGUGUUAAAUCUUCAUUUAUCAUAAAGUGGACUUCUGUGACUCCUGCAGAGCUAUGACAAUUUACACAAAUCCAGGCUCUGUUCAGAAUGGUCUAAUUUGCAGAAAUGCUGUGCCCCUGCAAUUCCAAUGGAAGGCAAUGAGAGCUGGGGUUGCUCUGCAUUUCUGCAGGGGAGAAAAGUCAAAGGCCCUUUUGUUACCACUUAGCACAUGUGCUGGGAAAGUGUAGAAUUAAGAUCCCAGUGUCAGCAUUUUCAGCAAUCUUAUGCAGGCUACUUACUUUUAUCAGGUCCAAGCACAGUAAAAAAUCAGAUUGGGCCCCUUGCUAAGGAAUCCUGAUUUUUUUUUUUUUUUUAAC